GUGUAGGCUCUGUCUAGCCUUGUUGCCCUUCGUGUUAUAUGACAUUUUCAUUCCCUCUCAACACCGAUUUGGUGAAAACUGUAUUUUUAGACUCCCAGUUUUAGAUCGUAGGCAGAGUAUCUAACAUUAAAAAGCCAAACGUCCUCCUGGUAAAACUGCCCUGGGGUGCAGACUUGCCAAGGACACCUUGCCUUAGUUUCCCAGAGCUCUGUGAAGCUUCCUGGAUGAGUGGGGAACUGAGGUCACAGGUCUUGGGGCCAUUGGGGGCCUGGAUCAGGCAGGAAUACAGAUUUGGGGAGAGCAAGGACUUGCCCAGGGUCACAGAUGAUUAUGACCCCAGCCUUGGGGGGGUCUUCACCCAUGGCUGGCCUGUUGGCUGUUGGACAGUGCUGGGUGCCAGCCCCACAGUCGUCCUCAAGAUAGAGCAUGCUAGUGGGUGCAGAGGUGAUGCCUGGUGGCAGAGAAUCUCUGGUUUCAGAUGCAGAACAUUCCUCUUCCUCACUGGUCAUUGGGUGGGGACAAAAGUCCAUGUAAGUGGCCCCAACACAGCCGGACACUGUUGACUCUCCUUGGACACCGGACCUAGCAUGGCCUUCAGAGGAUACAGCUCUGCUCUCUCCUCUCUGUUGAUACUCUCUGAGCCCCUCCUGGGGACCAGCGGCCACUCUGGGAGCUGGGGACACAGUGGAGACCCGGUAGCCCAGCCUGCCCUCAUGAAGCGCAUGGUCUAGCGUGGAGACUGGAGUUAGCUGGGCCUUCUUGAGGUGCCACCACCAGCACAGCCAGGCCAGCAUGGUGGACCACUUGCUUCCAGUGGACGAGACCUUCUCGUCGCCGAAAUACCCACUUGGUUAUUUGGGUGAUAGGCUGGCUGGUGCGCGGGCAUACCACAUGCUGCCCUCACCCCUUUCAGAGGACGACAGUGACGCCUCCAGCCUGUGCUCCUGUGCCAGCCCCGACUCGCAAGCCCUCUGCUCCUGCUGCAGUGGUGGCCCAGGAGCUGAGGGCCAGGACAGCAUCUUGGACUUCUUGCUGUCCCAGGCUACCCUGGGCACUGGUGGUGCUGGUGGCAGCAGUGGCCCCAUGGCCUGGGGGGCCUGGCGGAGGGCACAGGCUCCUGUGAAGGGGGAGCAUUUCUGUUUCCCCAAGUUUCCUGUGGGUGAUCCUGAUGAUGUCCCACGGCCCUUCCAGCCCACCCUGGAGGAGAUCGAAGAGUUUCUGGAGGAGAACAUGGAGCUGGGGGUCAAGGAGGCUGCAGAGAGCAACAGCAAGGAUGCAGAGGCCUGCGGCCAGCUCUCUGCUGGGCCACACAAGAGCCACCACCACCCGGGGUCUGGUGGGAGAGAGUGCUGCGCUCCUCCACUCGGUGGCGCCAGUGAGGGCAGCAGCCAGGCCCUGGGGGUGGGGCCUGCCCCUGACAGCCCUAUUCCCCUGCUGCUGCAGAUUCAGCCGGUGCAGGUGAAGCAGGAAUUGGGCGCGGAGCCCUCCUCCCCCGGGCAGGCCCCAGAGAGCGUCAAGGUGGCCCAGCUGCUGGUGAACAUCCAGGGGCAGACCUUCGCACUCGUGCCCCAGGUGGUGCCUUCCUCCAACUUGAACCUGCCUUCCAAGUUUGUGCGCAUUGCCCCUGUGCCCAUUGCUGCCAAGCCCAUUGGAUCAGGACCCCUGGGGUCUGGCCCCACUAGCCUCCUCAUGGGCCAGAAGUUCCCCAAGAACCCAGCAGCAGAACUCAUUAAAAUGCACAAAUGUACUUUCCCUGGCUGCAGCAAGAUGUACACCAAAAGCAGCCACCUCAAGGCCCACCUGCGCCGGCACACAGGCGAGAAGCCCUUCGCCUGCACCUGGCCGGGUUGCGGCUGGAGGGGAGGCUUGCUACAGUUGGUGCCGGGCCAAGGACAGCUAAGGACUGUGGAGCCAGGGCGGUGUGCCAGGUGGGCUGUGGCCAUGUGCACACUGCCCACCCUGUGCCUCACAGCACCCCAGGGUUCUCACGCUCCGACGAGCUGUCACGGCACCGGCGCUCCCACUCAGGCGUGAAGCCCUACCAGUGUCCAGUGUGCGAGAAGAAGUUUGCGCGGAGUGACCACCUCUCCAAGCACAUCAAGGUGCACCGCUUCCCCCGGAGCAGCCGUGCUGCAGUGCGCCCUGCGAACUGAGCACAGCCGGUGGCCUCCCCACCCCCACCCUUUAUUUUGUAGCAAUAAUUUAUUUGCUUCCUCCAGGGGGACGUGUGACAAUGUUACCAACCCACCUUCUGAAAACCCGGAGGUGCUGGGAGAGGGGGCUGGCGUGGGAGGCAUGAACCCAGAGCCCCCCUCCUGCUGCCUUUCCUGGAAAAGCAGCCAUACCCGCGCCCCGCACCUGGGCUGGAGGCCGGCUGCCCCACCUUUGUGCCUUGUGCCUUUAAGCCUGCCAGCCUCUGCUGCAGCGGCCACGGGGCCUGGCCCUUCUCUCUCUGGGCUCCCCUGCUGGGCCCCAGGCCAGCACUUUAUUGCUUGGGAAGAAGAAAUGUGCAGUUUUGAAAUGUCCAUUCCCAGAGGGAGCCAUGCUGGGAGGAAGGAGACGGGCCAGAAGCCCAGGGCUGCACUGUGCUGGAGGGUGGCUUUGUCUGGGAUGCCUGGCUCAGCCCGACUACCGGGGUGCCGGCCAUGGGUCAGGCGUGCAGGACCUGGCCUCCCGGCAGAAGCAGACUUGGAGUGAAAAGCCUCCUCUUUGAGGAGCUGGCAGUGCUUGUGCUUAAGUUGAAUGUGCAGGGCAGACAAGACAGAUGCUGGCUAGCCCAGAGUGUCUGUACCCAGCGUGAUGCAUCCCGUGCUCCUAUUUCCAGACAAAUCUAGACACCAGCCUCCAGGGUCACCUUUGGGAGGAGAGGGGUACAGACUGCAUCUCCUAUAAAAGGACUAGAUAAAGCCUCGCAAUCCUGAUUUAGAAAUGCAUUCCUUAUUUUGUCUAGAAAUUAAUAUUGAACUAGCUUGUUUUGACAGGUUUAUUUCACAUCCUAUGAAUGUAUGUAAAUAAGCUGUACAUAGGUACAUCUACAUAAAAUAUCUUUUAAUAACAUAUCAACAUUUGUGUAAAUUUGAAAUAAAAAAAUCUAUAAAGCUGGUGUACAUAUGUUACAAUUAUGUAUAUUUUCUUUGGUCCUUCAUAAAAAUAUAUUUACUUUACCAAUAAAAAGAAAAAAGAACUCAA